AUGGCUAAGUCUACCACCAAAUCUGCUAAAGCUACCAAAGUUCUGAAGAAGCAAUCGGCCAAGGCCGAGUCUUCCGACUCUAGUUCGUCGUCUUCUUCCAGCUCUGAGUCCAGCUCCGACUCAUCGUCUAGCGAGUCUGAGUCUGAAUCCGAGUCUGAGGAUGAGAAGACUGAGACCAAGCCUGCUGCCAAGGAGGACUCUAGCGACUCCAGCUCCGACUCCGACUCUGAUUCUAGUUCUAGUUCUAGCUCUGAUUCUGAGUCUGAGUCUGACUCGGACUCUGAAGAUGAGAAGGAAGUGAAGAAGGAAGUGAAGAAGGAAGAGAAGAAGGAAGAGUCUAGCUCUUCUUCCUCUUCUUCUUCUUCCGAUUCCGACUCUAGCUCUAGCUCGUCGGACUCCGACUCCUCUUCUGAUUCCGACUCUGACUCUUCCGAUUCUGACUCUGAGGAAGAGGAAAAGACCUCCAAGCGUAAGGCCGACUCUGAGGAGGAGUCCUCUGCCACCGAAGAGGAGCCAGUUUCUAAGAAGCAGAAGACCGAGGAGACCGCAGUUCCAGCUGGUGAGCCAGCCACCUUGUUCGUCGGAAGAUUGUCUUGGAACGUCGAUGACGAGUGGUUGAGAAGAGAAUUCGAGCCAUCUGGAGGUGUCAUCAGCGCCAGAGUUAUCAUGGAAAGAGCCACUGGUAAGUCCAGAGGUUAUGGUUACGUUGACUUUGAGUCCAAGGAGGCUGCAGAGAAGGCUUUGAAUGAGUACCAGGGUAGAGAGAUCGAUGGAAGACCAGUCAACUUGGACUUGUCUUCCGGCAAGCCAAAGCCAGCUUCUACUCCUAACGACAGAGCCAAGAAGUUUGGAGAUGUUCCAUCUGCUCCUUCCGACACUUUGUUUGUUGGUAACUUGUCCUUCAACGCUCUGAGAGACAAGUUGUUUGAGAUCUUCGGUGAGCACGGUACUGUUGUGUCGUGCAGAAUCCCAACCCACCCAGACACUGAACAGCCAAAGGGUUUCGGUUACGUGCAGUUUUCUACCGUUGAGGAGGCUCAGGGUGCUUUGAACGCCUUGAACGGUGAGUACUUGGAGGGCCGUGCAUGCAGAUUGGACUUCUCUACCCCAAGAGACAACAACUCCAGACCGGGAAGCGCCCGUGGUGGAUUCGGUGACCGUGGUGGACGUGGUGGCCGUGGUGGAUUCGGUGGCCGUGGUGGCCGUGGAGGAUUCGGUGGCCGUGAGAGAUCGUCGACCCCAACUCCUAAGCCCACUUUCCAGGGUACUAAGAAGACCUUUGAUUAG